AGCAAAAAAUGGCAGCUGAAAUAGUCUAACAAUCAAUUCUCUUCGAAUUGAUUUCUAGUGUUUAUAUUCUGAACAGCUGAUUUCUUCUCUUAAUUCACUUUGUUGAUUUAAACAAUCCGUUACAAAUCAUAUUUUUCUGUCUAAUUAUUAUUAUUUAUCUGCCAGCAAGUAAUUAAAUAAAGAAACACCUCUAUGGCUACUAUUGAAAAAGUUAAAAUAUUAGUUGUUGGAGAUUCUGGAGUUGGUAAAUCAUCUUUGGUACAUUUAAUAGCUCAUUCUGAAUCAAUAACUAAUCCUUCAUGGACAAUUGGUUGCUCAGUGGAAGUGAAACUUCAUGAAUACAAAGAAGGAACUCCCUUCCAAAAGACAUAUUUUGUAGAAAUGUGGGAUAUAGGAGGCUCCAGUAGUCAUAGAAAUAGUAGAGCUGUUUUCUACAAUUCCUUCAAUGGUAUAGUACUAGUUCAUGAUCUGACUAAUAGAAAAUCUAAACAGAACUUACGAAAAUGGUUAGCUGAAGUUUUAUCCAAGGAUGGUUCUGGAGCAAAGAAAAACAAUGGCUGGUAUGGUUUUGAUUCUGAGCAAUUUGUGGAUAAUCAAAUUCCUAUUCUUGUGAUUGGAACAAAACAGAGUCUUGUUAUGGAAGUCUAUCCUCCUGGCAGAACAAAGCGCACAUCAUCCAUAGCGGAUGAAUGUGGAGCAGAUGAAAUCUAUGUUGAUUGCUGUCAAGCACGGUCAUUUGCUCCAGGUUCCAGCAAUGCAGUUAAAUUGAGCAGAUUUUUUGAUAAAGUUAUUGAGAAGAAAUAUCAAAGCCAAGGAACUGCUUAUAUUUCCAAUGUUCCCGACCGAAGACGAUUAGCAUACAAUAAUAAACAAUCACAUGUAGACUAAAUUUAAAAUUUUACUGGGAAAUGUAUUUAUUUAUCUUUGUUAUUUUUUAUAUAGAUAUGUAUUUUUGGUAGUAGUGUUUGUCAUUAAAUAUUUUAUUAUAAUUAUUC